UUUGAUAUUACGGACCAAAGACUGAAAGAAUACGAAGAAAAUGGUUUCAUUAUCAUAAGGAACUUCUUCGAUGAUGAGGAAGUAAGAAAGAUGAAAAAAUGUUUUGAAGAUACGGAAGAAGUAGUUAACCAAAAGAUAUCGGUAGAUGAUGGCUUAGGGAGGGAUGUGGACAUUACAGUGUGGAGUCAUCCCGGAAGUGAUGUUACUGGAAUGGCUGCUAGGUCCGAAAAAGUUGUCAAUGCUGCCGAAAAGCUUUUGGAUAACCUUGAAGUUUAUCACUACCACGGGAAGUUAGUGCAGAAAGAUCCUAAAUCAGGUGGUACAUUUUUGUGGCACCAAGACUACGGCUACUGGUACAAAAAUGGCUGCCUUUUUCCUGAAAUGCUGACUGUAUUUUUGGCUGUAGAUAAAUGUGACAAAACAAACGGAUGUUUGAAGGUUUUGAAAGGUUCACACAAAUGUGGUCGUAUUGACCACAGUAUGGUCGCUGGUCAGACGGCGGCAGACAUUGAGAGAGUGAGAGAACUCAAGAAGAAGCUUGACGUUGUUUACGUAGAAAUGAACCCAGGUGACGUCCUGAUAUUCGGCUGUAAUCUGCUUCACUGCAGUGGACCAAAUGAUUCCGACAAACGGCGCUGGGCCUAUCUAAUGUGUUAUAAUACACGUCAUAAUAACCCGGUCAAAGUUCACCACCAUCCGUGCUACAUACCUCUACAGAAGGUGCCAAAUUCUGCAAUUAAGGCUUGUGAAAAUUACACAGAUUUUACAGGGAAAUCAUUCAUGGAUAGAGAUGAUAACGAUACAGUUAGAAUCAAGAAGACGGAAAGAUAAUUUUAUUCAUUCCUUAUC